AUGUCUGUGGCUAAGGAACCUGACUGGUGGCUCUCUCCAGCCGAUAUCUUUAAUGGGAUGGGUGGGGGGGCGGGAUUCCCUACCCUGGCCCUUGAAGUCGGCGUAUCAGAAUCCUACUCCCAGCUAUGCAAGGACGCCCAGUGGUGGUAUAGCAACUCUGACCAUCUCACCAAGUGCGUCGUUAUUGUGGUGGUCACGUGCCGAUCACAUGCCGAUGUCUGGUUUGUCAGGCUUCACCUAGCUAUUUAG